GGUAGCUGUAAAACACCGAACACUUCUUGGUGGGAUUCAGUUGUUGAUUCGCACGCGAGUAGUAAAGUUAAGUUAAAUAUAGCUAUAUUUUUUCGAAGCACGCAAACGUGUAAUAGGUUAGAUAGAAGGAGAGUGAUCAAUAAAUUUUGUUGGAAAGUCCGUUGUCAUAGAGAUUGGCGUAAGGAAGUAGUGACACGUGUAAAUCAGAAUUAAGGCGAUAUGUUUGGAGAAAGAUUGAAUAAAAAAUCAUGCGAGUGACGUAAGAAGAGCUGAGAGAUCCCGGAUUAUUAAGGAAGAUUCAAGGAUUGUUUUAGAGAAAUAAAAAGAAUCAAGAUGUCAGAAAGACGAGGUCCAAAAGCCCUGGAGCUUUGGUGCAGGCGAAUUACUGAAGGUUAUCCUGGAGUUAACGUUCAAAACAUGACGACCUCAUGGCGUGAUGGUCUUGCUUUUUGCGCGAUGAUACAUCACUUUCGACCAGAUCUCAUAGACUUUAGCAGUUUAAAUAAAGACGAUAUAUAUGGGAAUAAUGAACUGGCCUUCAGAACAGCAGAACAACAUUUAGGUAUUCCUGCCCUUCUUGAUGCCGAGGACAUGGCCUCAUGUUCAGUUCCUGAUCGGCUUUCAAUUCUGACCUAUCUCUCGCAGUUUUACCAACAAUUUGGAGGAUCUUCACCAAGUCGAGUGGCUCGGAGUCGAACUCCAGAAAGCUCCAAUCAACAAAUCACUCCAGUUGCAGAGUCCCCAACGUCGAAGGUGAAACCACAUCUGGGGAUGCGAAAAGAACCAUGUGUGAUCUGUGAAAUGCCUGUAUUUCUUGCUGAGAAGUUGGUGAUCUCACGAAAGACUUAUCAUCGAACGUGCUUCAGAUGUGCCCGAUGUCAAAAUCAACUGACACCUUGUAGCUAUUAUGAGACUGAAGAAGGGCAAUACUGCUGCGAGACUUGUCCGGAUGAAGAUCCACCAAGUAGAUCUGAAUUCUAUGAUGAUUCGUUGGUUCUUGAUGCGGAACAAGAAGUCAAGGAAGUCCAAGGAUGCACGAGGUCAUUAAGCGAUGAAGAGAAAUGCGUAAGAAAGAGUCAGAAUGAAGUAAAGAAUCCAGACGUGACUAAACAAAGUUCACAGAUAGCUCAUAUGAGGUUAAAUUUUAUGUCAAGUCAUUUGCAGUCAGCUGAAGAAAAUUUACAAGAAAAACAGAAAGAUUUUCAAGUUUCUACAGAGUCAAUUGAUUUGUCUAAUGAAUGCAAUGAUGGUAAAUCAUCCCCAGAUGUCAGUCUUCUUAACGAAAAGACUUCAAAAUUACAUUCCAUGACAACGCGCACUGAUAAUGAAAACAAAUCGAACAAAUUUGUAAAUAAACAUGUAGAAGAUAGCACAGAUAGUAUUCACAAUCGUUGCCUUACUGCCACGUCACAUAAACUAGAUUGUAAGGAUGAAUUUAAGAGCCAGGAUACCAAAGAAAUGCUUGGCGUUGCUGGUGAUGAGACAGAUGUCAAUCAGUGUCUUUCACUUGUCCAGAAAAGGCUUAAAUUAUUUGAGAAUUUAGUAGUAAAUGAUGAAAAAGACUGCGAUAAAGAGAAUUCUCCAGGUGUGUCUACAUUGAUAGAGCCAGACUCAUUAGAAGAGAAUUCUACAGCAUUUAACGAGGGUUCUAAAUCACAUGAUCUUACUAAACUUAGUAAAGAAGAAUCUCAAGAUGAAAUCGAUAUUUUAAAUGCCAAAGGAAUUGAUUUGAGUAUUCCAGAAGAUGAGGAUAAUUAUCCUGAUGAAUUAAACCCUUUUAGGAGUGAUGAUGAUGAUAAUAAUGGUGAUGGAAGUGAUAUUAAAGAUAAAGAUAAUAAAGAAGAAAGUAUAAAUGUUAAGAAAAAAUCUACUAAUCCAUUUGGAAGUAGUAGCGAUGAAGAUGAAGAUGAAAAUAAUAAGAAUUUGAUUCCUCCUAAGCCUGCUGCUCGAAUCAAUGUUGGUAGUAAAACUACUCAGGCUGAUUCACCACAAAAGCGUCUUCUUAAAGCUCCUCGGAUCAAUUUAAAUCCAUUUUGGAGCGAUGAUGAGGAGCCUGAGAGUGAAGAAGAGGAUAAAGAAAAAAUUUCGCAACAAACUCCAGUUCCUAAGCCCAGGAAAAAUAGGGAAAAUGAAUCGGGAAGCUUCAAUAAUAAAUCCAGUUUGAAUCGCGAUGAAAUUUAUGCUUCUAGCAGCUCUUUAGCUAGUUCUACGUCGACGUCAACACAUAGCAGUCGUUAUAGGAAACGAAAACCUGCACCACCUCCACCAAUGUCGAAUGAAAGUUCUUCUUCGGUAAUAGCUUCUCCGGAUUCUACAUCUAAACCAUACGCUCAUAGUUCACCCAUGCGUAGACCAAAGCUACGGAAGAAUAAACCAGCACCACUACCACCAACAGCAUUGAAUGCUUCACUACCUCUAACGGAAACCUAUGAAGCCUUGGAAAAUUUAAGCUUAUCUGAAUCUUCGAUGAAUCAGUCAGUAUAUAAAAUGGAUGAUAGUCAUAAUGAAUCUUGGGAAGAUAUUAAAAUUAGUAAAAAUGAAGCAAAUAAAAGCAAACAAUCAAUGUCUGCACUAUCUCACAACAGAGAAAAUCAUGAAUAUUUAUUCCACGAUAAAAGUGCUCAAGGAAAGUGGAAACGAAAAAAGGCACCAGCUCCUGCAAUACCAAUUCCUCAAAGGCGGAAGAUAAAAGUGUUGUCGAUGAAAGAUGUAAAACGAGAGUUAUCAGAAAUAGAAAUGCAGCAACAAGGAUUAGAAAAACAAGGUGUACGUUUAGAGCAAUUGAUUCGGAUGAAAUGCGAAUCGGGAGAUGGACAAGAUGAUGAAAGUAAUUUGAGUAUGGAUGCGGACGAGCUUGUUUUAGAGUUAUUUGCUCUGGUAAAUGAAAAGAAUGAGUUAUUCAGACGACAAGCUGAGUUGAUGUUGUUGAAAAGACAGCAACGCCUUGAGGAAGAACAUGCAGAUAUUGAAUAUCAAAUACGUUGUUUGAUGUGCCAACCUGAGGCUACAAAAACAGACUUUGAUAAGCAACGAGAAGAGGCUCUUAUUCAACGAUUGGUUGAGGUUGUUGAAAGGAGAAGUGAAAUUGUUGAGUGUUUAGAGAUGGAUCGACGAAGGGAAGUUGAAGAAGAUAAAAGUAUAAAUAUGCACAUGGAAUUAUAUACCGCUAAAAACAAAGGCGGUAAUAAAAGUGAUGCAGAGGAACAAAAUACAAUGCAAAAAAAUAAGAAAAUAAAAUUAAAAGAAAAAAUUAAGGAAAAACACUUCAAAAAGAGCCACAAGAAAGACGCUGAUAAAGACGUAGACGAGACUGAAGUUAAACUUAAACGCCAAAAUAAACGAAAAUGGUUUUAAAUGUCUUUUACCGACAGACAUUACGUUUAUUUCUUCUCAUAAUUUUUAAUAUUAUUACUUUUUAUUAAUAUUAACGUUUAAAUAUUAUUUGAAAAGCACUAUUGUUUUUAUAAAAAUUAUUAUGUAAAUUUAUAACAGAUAAUAAAAAAAC